AUGCCCCGACCACGGCUCGAGUCGCUGCUGUCGUCCUUCCCGCGCCUCGUCUCGCCCACAUCCGAGCACACCGUCGUCGAGUCGUCCGGCGUGCGCUUCGUCUACACCCCGCUCGAAGACCUCUACGUCGUCCUCAUCACGAAUACCCAGUCCAACAUCCUCCUCGACCUCUCGACCCUCUCGCUCAUCACCCGCAUCGCGACGGAACUCGGCAGCGGAGGACGUGGCGGAGCGAUCAACGAGCUCGACGUGAUGAGGGUCAACUUUGAGAUCCUCAGCGCAUGGGACGAGGUCAUCAGCCUCGGCUGGCGGGAGAACGUCAACCUGCAGCAGGUUCGCAACAUCCUCGAAAUGGAGUCGCACGAGGAGAAGAUUCAGGAGAUCAUCGCACGAAACAAGGAGCACGAGGCCAAGGAGGAGCUCAAGCGUCGCGCUCGCCAGCUCGAGAUGCAGCGCCGCGAGAUGACCCGCCGCGGCCAGAACCCCUACGCCAACCCUUCCGCUCCCAGCUACUCCUCCGUUCCCUCCUACAACAACGCCCCUUCCUCCGCUCCCUCCUACUCCGCCGCCUCGCCUUACGACUCUCCUGCAUCCUCGACUCCCACUGCUGCCAAGCCCUUCAAGGGCAAGGGAAUGCAGCUCGGCGCGGCCAAGGGGCGGAAGAAGGACGACGACCUUGCGGCGGCGCUCGGAGGGCUGCAGGUAGACGACAGCGAUUUGCCGCUGUUGCAGCACCAGCAACACCAGCAGGCGCAGCAGGAGGAACAGCAGCAUGUCGCGCAGCAGUACCAGACAGUCGCGCCUCCACGUCCCGCAAAGAACGCCAACCCCUUCGGCGACGUUGCGCAGGCAGACGUCCACCUCGUCGUCCGAGAAACGCUCUCGCUCGCCCUGAACCGGGACGGCGGUGUCGACUCACUCUCGCUCAAGGGCGACCUCGACCUCCGCAUCAACGCGCCCGACUACUCGACCGUCGUCCUCCGCCUCCCUUCGCCGUCCUCGGGCGCGUACACCAAGUCGAACGACUUGCAGUUCAAGACGCACCCGAACGUCGACAAGAACGCGUGGACGCAGCGAGGCGAGAUCCGGCUGAAGGAGGGCAAGAAGGGUUUCCCGGUUGGACAGGGCCUCGGCGUUUUGAAGUGGAGGAUGACGGGGACGGACGAGAGCAUCGUGCCCAUUUCGAUCAACUGCUGGCCGUCUGCUGAUGCCGGGUCAACCACCGUCAACCUCGAGUACGAGCUCGAAAACACCGCCCUCUCGCUUCACAACGUCGUCAUCUCGAUUCCCCUUUCUCCUGGGGCCAUACCGAGCAUCUCGGAGGCGCCCGCGCACGGCUCGUACGCGGUCAACUCCGGACACCUCGAGUGGACGAUCGACGAGGUCAGCGAGGCGGCUGGCACCGGCAGCGGCAGUCUCGAGUUCGAGUUUGAUGCCGAGGACGCAGAUGCGUGUUUCCCCGUCGAGGUCGACUUUGUCAGCCAAAAGGGUAUCUGCGGAGUCGAGGUCCUCGGCGUCACCAACCCGGCUGAUGGCGACUCGUCCGUCGACUACUCGCUCGACUCGCUCCUCGGCAUUGACCGCUACGAGGUUGUCUGA